CCACCUAAUUUCGAUUGGAAAGUUAUUCCAAAGAAAGCUAUAUCUGAUGAUUCAAAAGACGAAGGACUAAAGAUAAAAAAAGUGGAACCCCCCAAAAUUGCAAAGGUCACUGUCCAUCCACUUGUACUUUUGGGUGUUGUUGACCACUACAAUCGGAUGGGAAAGGUCAGUGGCGGCCAGAAACGGGUUGUUGGUGUGCUUCUUGGUGCUCUUAAAGGAACAAAUCUGGAUGUGAGCAACUGCUUCGCCGUCCCCUUCGAGGAAGAUCCCACAGAUUCAAGCGUGUGGUUUCUUGACCAUGACUACCUGGAAAAUAUGUUCGCAAUGUUUAAAAAGGUCAAUGCUCGUGAGCGUAUCGUCGGAUGGUAUCACUCCGGGCCGAAGCUAUGUGCAAACGAUAUUAAGAUCAAUGAACUGUUCCGCAAAUAUACCCCAAAUUCAGUCUUAGUUGUCGUCGAUGUGAGAACAAAGGAAAGUGAUGGACUCCCAACUGAGGCCUAUAUUGCUGUUGAGGAAGUUCAUAAUGUAAUGAGUAACAUAUAUACUUGUACAAAUUUGGCCGCAGGUGUGUUAAUGUGUCGUGAGAUGGGCUCUUGUGUGCAUAAUAUUCCAACACAAAAUAUUGAGUAG